AUGAAAGCCCGGGAAGAGCCCGGGAACAGAUUGGAACGGUUACGAGCGACGGCACGGCGAACAGGGCUCGCGCCCAAGGAGCAAGCGGUGGCUCUCUUCACUUACACGUUCGUUAACAAGGUGGAUCGAAAGGGGCGGGUCUCCGUCCCCGCCUCCUUCCGCAACGAGCUGGCCCGGCAAUCCUUCAACGGAGUCGCGGUCUACCCCUCGAUCGAUGGCAGCAAGUCCCUGACCGGCUGUGAGGAAGAUGUCCUCAGGCAGUGGAGCGACACGUACCGUGCGGACGAUCCCUUUGACACCGUUUCCACCAGAAAGCGAAUGAGGCUCUUCUCGGCCGUUCAGCGUCUCCCCUUAGACGCCGACGGUCGCGUGCUGCUGCCGGGCGAGCUGCUUGCCCAUGCGGGGAUUGCCACCCACGCCGCAUUCGUCGGUCUGGGCCACGAGUUUCAGAUCUGGGACCCCGCGAUCCUCGAAGCCGCCCGGAAAGCAGAGCAGGGGCAAUCCUCCGAGGACGCCGCCGAGCCGGAACUGCCGCCGGCGCCGGGAGGGGACCGGUGA